CAUCUAAUCGAGUAAUGGUAUAUAAUAAUUAUAACUUGAAAUGCUCACCUAGUUUCGUCUUCAAAUCUGGUAAAUCAUCUACAAUGCCGAUCGUCUGAAGCAUAAACACUGCCGAUGUUACGGAAUCUCUCUCUCUCUCUUUUUCUUUUUCUCUCUCUACGUUGUUAUCAAUUUCGGAUAACUCAAAGCUUCACCUACUAAAUCACCGAUUCAAUUCACACACACACACACACCUGAUGAUAGCUCUGUUUCAACCUCCUUCAGUCUCUAAUUCGAUGUCGGUUGCGAUUACUUCAGUCAACAACGUCUUUUCACCGGCGUAUUACCGGUUCCGGUACGUCAACGCCACGGUCAACGCCCGCAGUAUGUGUUUUCAUAGCAGAAAGGUUGUUCGUGAUCGUGCCAGUCGGUGUUAUGGAAUUCGAGUUUAUUCCGAAUCUAAGGCAGAAGUAAAGCAAGUCAGAAAGUAUUCACCUCUUCUUGAGAGCCCCUUCCCGUCAGAACACAAUGUAUCAACUACAGAAUUUAAGGCAAUUCCCGACAUUUGGAGAUCCUCAGCAGAAAGGUUUGGUGAUCGGGUUGCAUUGGUCGACCCGCAUCAUGAUCCGCCUACAAAUAUGACUUACAAGCAGGUGGAGCAGGACAUUCUAAAUUUCGCUGAAGGUUUAAGAGUGAUUGGAAUCAAGCCAUGUGAAAAGCUAGCACUUUUUGCCGACAAUUCCUGUCGGUGGCUUAUUGCUGAUCAAGGUAUUAUGGCCACAGGAGCAAUAAAUGUUGUCAGGGGAUCUAGGUCAUCCGUCGAAGAGCUGUUACACAUUUACAAUCAUUCCGAAAGUGUUGCACUUGCUGUGGACAAUCCCGAAUUAUAUCACCGGAUGGCGGAUGCCUUUAACUCUAAGGCAUCUGUUAAAUUUGUUAUUCUACUUUGGGGGGAAAAAUCAUCCAUAUCUAGCCAUGUGAAGGAGGGAAUUCCUGCUUAUACAUACGAGGAGAUCAUUGAUAUGGGUCGUGGAAAUCGUGCGAGUUUUGCUGAUUCACAUGAUGCCCAUGAACAGUAUGUUUAUGAGCCCAUCAAGCCUGAUGAUGUUGCUGCUCUUAUAUACACAAGUGGGACCACAGGCAACCCAAAAGGAGUAAUGCUUACACAUAAUAAUCUUUUACACCAGGUUCAUAAUUUGUGGGACGUUGUCCCUGCUGGGCCAGGGGAUAGAUUUCUAAGCAUGCUUCCACCUUGGCAUGCAUAUGAACGUGCGUGUGAGUAUUUUAUACUUUCUUUGGGAAUUGAGCAAGUAUACACGACAGUUAAACACUUGAAGGAUGAUUUGCGGGAAUAUCAACCACAGUAUAUGAUAUCCGUCCCUCUAGUAUUUCAAACUCUGUACAGUGGGAUCCAGAAGCAGAUAUCCACCAGCUCAGCUAUCCGUAAGCUAAUUGCAGUAUCCUUAAUAAGGAUCAGUAUGGCAUACAUGGAGUUCAAAAACAUUUAUGAGGGUAAAUAUUUGUCAAGAGAUCCGAAGCAACCUUCUUUCGUUGCUGCAAUCUUGGACUGGCUAUAUGCACGGUCUAUUGCUGCAAUUUUGUUACCUUUGCAUUUAUUGGCAAAGAAACUUGUGUACAGUAAAAUUCACGCGUCUAUUGGGCUUUCAAAGGCUGGCAUAAGUGGAGGUGGUAGCUUGCCUAUGCAUGUCGACAAGUUUUUUGAGGCAAUUGGCACAAAAGUCCAAGUUGGGUAUGGAUUAACAGAGUCAUCUCCUGUUGUAGCGGCUCGACGACCACAUUGCAAUGUUCUUGGCUCAGUUGGGCCUCCUAUUCGACACACAGAAAUAAAAGUUGUAAACGAGGAAACGGGUGAAGACCUUCCUCCCGGUUCAAAAGGAAUUGUCAAAGCCAGGGGCCCGCAGAUCAUGCAGGGUUAUUACAAGAAUCCCAUUGCAACAAACCUAGCCUUAGAUGAAGAUGGUUGGUUAAACACCGGAGAUAUUGGGUGGAUUUCCCCUGUUCAUUCAGUAGGACGAAGUCGUAAUUCUGGUGGCAUUGUUGUUCUUGAAGGACGUGCCAAGGAUACGAUUGUCCUUUCAACAGGUGAAAACGUUGAACCGGAACAGCUAGAAGAAGCUGCCAUGAGAAGUAGUUUGAUACAACAAAUUGUUGUCAUCGGCCAGGAUAAACGUCGUCUUGGAGCUAUCAUUGUUCCAAACAAAGAAGAAAUUUUGUUGGCAUCCAAAAAGUCAUCUACGUCAGAUUCAGAUGCUGUUGAACUCAGCAAGGAAAAAAUAACCGGCUUGUUAUCAGAGGAGCUUCGAAAAUGGACCUCAGAUUGCUCGUUUCAGAUCGGGCCUAUUCUCGUCGUUGAAGAGCCUUUUACGAUCGAUAGCGGGUUGAUGACCGCGACCAUGAAGAUCAGGAGGAAUCAAGUUGUGGAACUAUAUAAAGAACAGAUAGAUGAUCUAUACAAGUAAUCUUUAAAUGGCUCUUUGUUUAAAUGUAAUGUAAAAAUAAGUGAAAUUUAUUAUUGUUUUACUUUUUUAUUUUCUUAUAUGUAUGAGUAUGAGAGAAAGCUAAUAUUUCUCCUAUGUUAUAUUUAAUAAGUAAAUAAUAGUUCACAACUUCACACAACA